AUGUUAGGCGAAGAUCGCAACGAGCCAGGUGCCCGCCAAGGACAACCAGCGUGCGCCUCCAAAUUCCCGCGGAGAUAUUCACUCGCUGUGGCUGAUGCAAGUGGUUUGUUGCAGAGGUACCGGCAGAGUGCAAAUUUCCCGCCGGCCAAUGCGCAAAUCUAUUUUGGCGCGGCGAAGCGCGACUAUGCCUGCCUUCUCAAGAUCGGCUACGCGUCCUUUACGCAGGAGGUGUUCAGCAAGCAUAGCGUGACUAUAAAUAAGUGUAACGCAGACCACUGGUGUAUUCUCUCUCAUGCGGACGAGAUUGCUCUCGGCCUUGAGAAGUGGAUCUGGCAUCGUUACCACGACAGUCGGCCGAUAUCGCGUCCACGUCUUAGUUCCUUGCCAGUCGUACAAGAGCCCGAACUGUACCAAUAUUCAUCGCUUACCCGCGCUCACUGCAGAAUGAAUAGCGGCAAGGACCUACUUAUGACGCCUCAAUGCCGUGUAUCGAAGUUGAUACCGUCGGCGGUGGUACCGUCCUCGCCCCUCCGCAAGCCGUCCUCAAGAGCGCCCAUCAAGCGAACCCUGGCCAGAGCGCCCGACAGCUCAAACUCUAACCAGACCGUGGGAUGGCGAUUUUCUUCUCAGCGACCCCGAAGUGGCGUCCUCCAAGCCGAUCCUAUUGUUCUGCCGUGGCUCUCCAUCCACGUCUCACGACUGGCGCCACAUUUGUCUCGCUUGAACGACAAGAGUUACGGCGUGCUUGCCUUGGGCACGCUCGGGUAUGGCGGGGCCAACAAGUCCAUCGACCCUGCGGCGUACGUCCCGAACCUAAUAUCGAAAGACAUCGGCGAUGUCUUGGAUGCCGAGAAGCUUGAGAAGAUCAUCGCCAUCGGAUAUGACUGGUGUUGCAAGGCGAUCUCGCGCCUCACGAACCAUCAUCUCGAGUGA